CAGAUACAUUCAGGAGACAAUGCAGAGCCCCCCAGCUAGGAAGUUAAGUAAGGUUAGGUCAGGUUCUGUGCAUGAUUGUAUUGCUUAUUACUAUCAUCCAAAGAACCUCUGUGGAAAAAAUGAAUGAAAUCAAACGAUGCAUUCUGGUGUUAGCCAACUGCUCCAGGUUUACUUUAUUGUCAAAUCAGAGAUAAUUUUUUCCAUAAACACUGGUGCUGAUAUGUGGUUUAGCAUAAAAAGAGAUAUUUUUAUUGCAAAUUUUCAUGCUGAAUGGAGUGGUGGUAUUGAAAGAGAAUUUGGAGAGAUUUUAGUACUUUUGCCAUCUGACAAGUACUCUAGCUGAGUGCUGUCAAGAGUGCCAUGAAGUUGAUAAGAAAUGGCAACACCAGUACCUCAGAGAGAUGAUGUGGAGAGGUGGACUGUGGAGCAAGUGGCUGCCUGGCUUCAGCAGGUUGAGUUAGCUGACUGCUGUGAUGUUUCUCUCAGAAAGGGAAUAGAUGGACAUUCCUUACUGCAAUUAACUGAAGAAAAUUUAGUACUAUGGGGUAGAGAUGUUUCCAUUAGGAAUCGCAAACAAAUAAUGAAACUAGUCACGCAGAUUAGAAGCCAACAACUAGUCAGUACCGGUAGACACACAAAAGAAAUGCAGAAUAGGGAAUGUAAUGAUGAUGACUCAAUAUAUCUCAAUAAUGAUGCCAUCACUUUUGCUAAACUGCUAGGGAGUCAAAAGUUACUUGACGAAAUCCAGCAACCACAGAACUCUCUUGGACUCCAAGGAAGCUGGAAGAGAUCACCUUCAUAUCAGCAAGCUGAUUCCUCUAGAAAUAGUAGUGAAUAUGAUGACGAAGAUGACUUUGAUGAUGACUUUGGUGAUGACACAGAACAAGAUUCAUCCACUUCACCCAAACAAGAUGUAUCCACCGGCCAUGUUGAAGGUGAUGAAGAAAAUGAAUUUUACAUGACCCCCCGAACUGUAAUCAACACCCCAAGCUUCCCAAGUCUACCAACCAGAGGUCCUCCCAUUUUACCUUCAAGACAACCUCCAACAAAUGCUAAUCCUUAUGUUUCUGCAAAUCGGCCACCAGUUACUCUUCCACGUGGCAAUUUACAAAAUAUGCAGCCACCAAACAGGGAUGUUUCUCUGCCAGGAUUAAACAGAGGACCUUCACGUGCAAACCAUUCAUCUAUAAAUCAGCAUGGAGGGUUCUCUGCUCCAUUGAGAUCACAAGGACCAACUGACCUUACUCAGCGUGGACCCUCUCCACCAGAUAUCUCUGGACGUGGACCUGCACCAUUACCGGGACUUAAUAAAAACAGUAACUACCCACUCAUAAAGCCAAGGCUCCAACAAAAUCCACCAUCAGGGCAGCCAUCCGGGGGGUUGACAAAUCGUCCGCCUAUGAUGAUUCCUGGAUCCCACACCAGCAACAGUCCACACAACAGUCGACCUGUGAGUCCAAAUGAUAGUGGUGGACAAGGAAGGAAAGGCAGCUUCCUGCACUCGACUCUGUCUGUCUCUAAAUCUCUUGAAGGAAAUAAUGCUACUCGACAUCUUGUUCUGCCAAAGCCAAAACUGCAGCAGACACCAUCACAGGAGACAGGAUCUGGUGGGAAUCCAAAUCGUUCAUUUAUGUUGCCGCCUCCUGGAUCCCACAACACCACCAGCCCACAUAACAGCCGGCCUGUGAGUCCUAGCGAUACUGGUGGACAAGGAGGGAAGGGAGUUUACCCUCUAUACCAUCCACCAGUGUCUGCCAAUAAAUCUCUGGAGGGAAAUAAUGCUCCCAGACCUUGUCAUCUACAGUUAAGGGAAGUGCAGCCAAAGUUAAACCCAACCUCACAGUCGGCUCCAUAUGCUCCGGAGAAGACAGAUCAUGAAUAUGAGAUUGUUGGUGUUCCAGUAAGAUCAUACACUAGCACUGAGAAUAAUGCUCCUAAUUCUUCAGGUUUACUUUCUCCAGAUAUAACCCCACCUGCUUUACCACCAAGGAAUCAAGCAGAUGGCAGGGAUGCUGGUAAUCGCCAGGGACAAGGUAUUGGAACCCAGCAACCUCCAGUUGGAUACAAUAUUAGUCCUGGUCAAGUACAUGGAACAGCUGCAGGUAAUUCAAAAUGGCAAGUGGGAGCAGAUCAAGGAUCACUAACAAAAAAAGAGAAAUGGCCACCAGUACCAAUUCCUAGCCACCAUACUCCGUCAUCUCUACUGAGGCAACCGGAAAGUUCUGAAGGAUCCCGUCUCGGCGCAGGUCGAUCCCCUACUCCAGAACCUCUCCUGCCUCCUAGUGGACACCUAUCUUCAGGACAUCCUUCUGGACAUGCAGAACAAUACCCAGGACCUUCACAUCAGGCAAAUGAUUGUUAUAUUCAGUUUGAUCAGGUACCAAAGGAAAUGGCCCCACCACCCCCUCCAGAAUCUUCACCACAAUUGGCUUCCCGUGUACGAGGAGCCACCCAAGAGAAGAUAAGAUUAAUUGGAGGAGACUCUAUAGAGUUACUCCCACUAUACCGUGUCCUCAUAGAACAGCCAUAUUUCCAUGUAAUAUCCCGAGGCAAAUCAAUGAAUAUUCUUGAGAAUGCUUCAGAUGGCAUGUUCCUGAUACGUCCAUCAACUCGGUCCAAAGAUCCACUGACACUCUGCCUUAGACAUGGAGGUCGCACCUACAAUAUCAAUAUCAGGCAUCGCUCUGAUGGAUUAUUUGCUUUGGGCUUUGAGAAGACUAAUGAAAUGACCUUCUCUUCAGUUGAAGACAUUAUCAAUACUCAUAGACGGGAACCAAUCAAGCUGCAGAAUGGAGAACGGGCAAUGCUGACCGUCUCCCCCAGGAAAUCUGAACACAUUUAUGUCCAGAUUACAAAUUCUAGACAAAUGGAGCUGAAAAAGUAGACUUUGUUUUUAAGAUUUGAAUAGAAGUGGAGAAAUUUUGAAAAAAACAAAACAAUUUCUUCACCCACAGGAUGACAUUUUUCAGAUAAGGAAGGGAUAAUGUGAAGUCUUAACUACUGUACAUGGUAAACAGUUUCUCUAACAAACUAGUGGGUGUUAUAGGUAUCAUCAAAAUAGCCAACAAUAGAAAAAUGUCUAGUUGGAAUGCUAAACUGUUAUUUUAUUAUAAAGUAGAUAACCAAACCUAACCUACUAUAGGUUGGGUUAAACUAUUUCUUGAUGGUAUGUGUUUUCUGAAAAUUUAAUGGUACACAGGUCUUAUUGUUUUUAAACUUGUUCUAUUUUGCAUAUUAUCAUGUGUUGUGUUUAACAAAAACAAGAUGAGAAACCUUUGUACAACUUUUGAGACAUUGUUGCUUUAGGUUACUAUACCGGCUCCAAUAGACUGUCUAUCACUUAGUGUUGACAAUUUGUCACAUAGAAAUGACUUAAACUUGAAUAGAAUAUUACAAAUAUGAAAUGACAGCUUCACCUGAACUGACAUGUCAUUGACAACGAAAUGACACUGGCAGUUGUAAGUGACAUUGUGGCACUGUACACUGAAAUAGAAUAAGGCAUUUGAAUACGCCAAUGUACUUGUAACUGAUAACUUGUAAAUUGGAUUAGAGAACCUGUCUUUCCCAAUGACCUCACCUGAUGUACCUCAAUCCAUUUCAGCUUGAUGUUAUCCAACCUUAAAGAUUUUUUUAAGCAUUAUUAAAUCGCUUCUGUUCAUUCUUCACACAGAUUGACUGAAAUAUUAAAAAAAAAGAAUUAAGAAAAUUACCUUUCAGUUAGAUUAUCUCUACUAACCCUUUCACUGUGGAGACGCCACUUUUAAUGUUUUGUUUAGCUAACGUCAGACGAUUUUAUUCAACUUGGAGGGGGCCUGGUACACAGGGUGAUGAAAAUGACUAUCUUGACUUCGAAUGCGAAUCUAAGAAAAACGUGGAUGGGCCAUAUAAAUAGUCAAAAUAAAAAUCUUGCACAAUAAUCCUUUAAUAAAUAUCGGUAUCCAUCUGGAUUACUUGAUGGCAAACAUGUCCGCCAUGUUGCUGAUGUCUAAUUCCCUUGUGCGGUGAAUCUGCAUCAGAGACAGCACCUGUGAUCACCUACCCUAAUGCCUCCCCCCCCCCCUCCCAAUAAUCUGGUGUCAGUGGCAGUAACCCUGAUCAUGUUACAUCAUAAGUCCUGUCACCUCACAUCUACAGCCUCUCACUUGGCGGUUCCUUUAAAAUGUUGCGAAUUUGACACCUGACAGUCACAAAUCCCCAUUUAGUGUUAUACCACUAGCCAGAAUGUGUACGAACUGGUCUAGUUACAAGUUAAAUUUUACAUGGUGUGAUGUAGUUUAAUGUGACACAAGGUGUCUUAUGUGAAAAGGGGGGUUCGACUGAGUGCCCCAAAUCCCCCCUGGAUCUGCCACUGGAUAUUUAAGAAGCUUACAGUAGAGUAGUACUGUAUUCUAUUUACUACAUGAUUACCAGUAGGUAUCACCUUUUAUUUCAUCAAUUAUGUGUCACAUGUACAAAUACUAGAAGGAAUGUACCAUGUAAAUUUUGAAACAUAGAUGCUGACUAGUCUAAGUAACAUUGUAUGUUCCCUGUACCUCAUUCCACCCUACAAAAAUAACAAAAACUAUAUCCAGUUCCAUGAUAUACGUAUAUAUAAAACAAAUAAUAUUAAUGCAGUAUGUUGUACAUACAUGAAGUGUCCCAGAAAAAUCUCCUUCCCUACUCCCUGGACACUGAGUUGGAGGGAGGUAGGGAUAUUUUUCUGGGACACCUUACAUAAGUACAGACCAGUGUUAAUGACAUAAUUUAACUGUGUAGUUCCCAUUUUGUCAUCUGUCCCACACUAAAACAGACAAUACAGGUAUCCCAUGUUUAGUGAUCGGGAUACAUUUCUGAAAAACCGAUCACUAAACGAGGGGGGAACAAGUACUGUACAGGAAAUGUAGCUUAGAAAUAAAAAAUAUUUUACUGUAGUAUAUGGCAUACAGUACAGUACAAUAUUUUAAAGAAAAUAAUACAGUAAUAAAUAACUGUAACACUUACUUUGUGAGGUGAUCUGACAAUAUGUAGAUGAUAUUCUGAAAGUGCAAUGGUCACACUGGUAAAUGAAGUAAAAACCCACAUUGCAGAAAUAAAUGAAAAAAAUCCUAUACAUGAGAUCAACUAUACAUGAGUAUAUAUGGUAACACGUUGUAGGUUACAUGUGCAGUGACGUAUUCAAAUGCCUUACUGGUAUUCCAUUUCAGUGUAAUGUGAUUGUCGUGAUGUCACUUACAACUGCCAAUGUCAUUUCAUUGCCAGUGACAUGUCAGUUCAGCUGAAACUCCUUUCAUAUUUGUAAUAUUCAUUUCUAUUUUGGUGGAAAUCAUUUCUAUGCGACAAACUGUUUAUUCGAGCCGGCAAAUGGUUUUCUACUACAUUAUAUGUGUUAAUUUUUAAUAAGCUCUAAAACACAUUAAUCAUUCCAAUGUAUAAUUGUUACUAGAUAUUGCAUGUUUUGUUUAGACUUAUGUAAGAUAAAUUGCCUACUUUAGAUGUAUAAACUAGUAUUGACUUGAGUAAUUAUACACUACAUAAUUAUUCAAAUUUUAUAUCUGAAACUUUAUUGUUAAUUAUUUGUUAUUGCUUAGAAAUACAGUAUGGGCAUUGCAAUUUGUGUUGAAGUGCUUGCAACAUGUUACUGCAGUACUUUUGUUCAAUUUAUGUGCUUCAUUGUUUAUGUUACAGAUGCAAGUUAAAAAUUAAAAUGAUUGGUACAGAAUGUUAAA